AUAAAUCCUUUGGAUUCUGCCGUGUACAACAUCGUUGCGCACGAGCAUAUCUUUAUUCAUUGUCGCGAAACGUUUGGAUAAAAAAAUAUCCAAACUUUCUGUUUUGUUGUUGUUUACCUCGAGAGUUUUUGUCCCGAUCGUUCACGAUCCCCUGAUUACCCACGCCUUGCUCCAAAACAGGUUUACGCAGUCGCGUUUGGUCAUUUUCCCCGUCAAAUAGCAUACAGUCAGUUUCAUAUUUGUCAAUUGUAUCGAUUUGAUUGUACUCCUGCCUAUCCUAUAUACUUGCGUCCGCAGUAGUCAAAACAGAACUAAAGUCGAAGCAAACCCCCCGAGUAGAGUCUAUCGCUAUCUCCCGAGAGUGCGCGAGUUUACUUGAGAGCCAUAGAGUAUGGCUGCAGUCCCGCAGGCAUCUUGGAAUACAGGAUCUACCGCCGUUUCCACCACAAACAGUUUGUUAAGUUUCGUUACCGGCGGAGCCACCAAGUCCAGCACGAGCAGCUCGAUGGAAACCUCGAACGACAAUGAAGCCGCACUUGCCUGGACACAGGGUGGACAGCAGUUCGCCUCUACUCGCGAAGCCUACACGCGCAGUCUUUUUCGAGUUUGUCUCAAAUUCACCACUUCGGAAGACGAGGACGAAGGCAAACCGGAACCCGCCACUGCCUACUGGACCUAUUUCGGUAAACACACUACGAUCGGGAACGCUGGUCCGACCACAGCCCAGCCCGAUUCCAUUUGUCGACGCAUGGAUGACAGUAUGACCGGCGCCGCUGCCGGAGUUUUGACGAGGAUCACCGAUGCCGACGGAGAUGUUGGCACCGAGAACGCACUCGCGGCAGCAAUGACCUGCGGCUGGCAGCUGCGAGGCGAGCGCGGGGACGCGGCUAUCCGGGUAGGCAAGGCGCAAAUUCAGACCCAGAACAAUGCGCGGCAGGGAACCAUACUGAGCCUGAAUGCGUCGCGGUGGGCGCUCUGUCAAGGCGCUUCGUUCUGUGCCGGAAAUUCCGUAUUCAAUGUAGAAGACGUCAAUGAUACCAAGCAAAAAAUCACGAUCCACUGCUCGAAGGGACCCAUGCGGGGAAAGCUGAUUGAUAUUCACGCUUCGCGGUGUCCGUACGUCUUUGGGAGAGCACACGAGGCCGAUUUGUGUAUCAUGGAUCGUGAACUCUCUAGAAGGCACGGAGCUAUUCUCUUUGUUACGGAUACUAGCAAUGCCGGAUCUUUUGUAUUGGUAGAUUUGGAGAGCACGAAUGGAUCAUACAUGAGACUUGUGGGGCCCUAUAGCCAACCGGGAAUUGGUGCCCUAAGUAUAAGUGAUGAAUUCAUUGUCGGUAGAACUGGCUUUUCUGUUAAUCGAUUUGACUAUGGGAUCUCGGAGUCUAUUGGUGCACGACCAACCAUGGAAGACCGAACUCUUGUGAUUCAGUCUCUCAUGCUCGCACCAUCCCACGGCUACUACAAGGACGAGCCCAAAGAAGACUUGGAAGAACUCGCCAUGACGAGUUUUGCAGCAGUCUUUGACGGACAUGGUGGCGGUGAAUGCUCUAACUACCUUGUUGACGCUCUUCCACACAAUGUCCGACUUGCCAUUUUGGCAGAACGAGCGGCACUGAAAACAGCCGUGGAGCAAUCACGGUUGAACGCGCGACAAGAUCAGUCCGAGGACGCAGCUUCGGAAUUGAUGCGUAAAAUCUUGAAGGGCGCUUAUCUCCAAACCGACAAAGAUUUCAUCAGUCCACAAGACUCACCACAAUCUGGGUCAACGGCUGCUACUGUGCUGCUCUUCGGUCGAAGACUCUUUGCUGCCAAUGUAGGUGACUCUCGUGUUGUUCUUUGUCGCAGCGGUGGACAGUGCGUCGAGUUGACGAGCGACCACAAACCUUCUCGACCCGACGAAGCUGCUCGUGUUCGGGCCGCUGGUGGUUUCAUUUUGCACAAGCGUGUCAUGGGCGAAUUGGCAAUUACUCGUGCCUUUGGUGACAAAUCGUUUAAGAUGGGCAUCAAGGCAAUGCUUGAAGAAGACGCGGAAGAGCUGGCCCAGGAAGAGGCGAAAGACUUGACGGCACCCUUAGUAAGUGCGGAGCCGGAAAUUGCUUCGAUGGUGUUAUCACAUAACGAUGAGUUCUUGCUGCUUGCGUGCGACGGUCUUUUUGAUGUCUUCCGAUCUCAGGAUGCGAUCGCCUUAGCGCGUCAAGAGUUGAUUGCACAUAGGGGUGAACCAGCCGAAGUAGCUCGGAUACUGAGUGACCAAGCCAUUCGAGUUCGACGGAGUCGUGACAAUGUCAGUAUUUUGAUCAUUAUUUUGCGGCCCUUUUGGGAACUCGGCUAAGCAUGUGACAUCAGACGAAGGCUACAAGCUCCAUCUUCAGACAUGUUUGGAAUUUUGAUGAAGUACAGAUGGACUAUAAAGAUAAAUGCUUCCCUACUGUGUGG